AUUGCUGCUUGCAGUCGCCAUCUUAAUCGGAUUAAGAGUAAUAGUCAAGCGUAAAUUUUCUAUAUUUUCCUCAAAGUAAAUUGUGAAGUAUUAUUUUAUGUAAAGGUGGAGAGGCAUUCAGAUGGCUUGUUUAAAUGUUCUCAAACAAGAGAUCAAAACUUUGGAAGCAGUUUUUCCCAAGACCCAUGAACGAUUUCAAAUAGUGUCAGCAAGUGUAGAUGAGCUAAACUGCAGAUUUAUUGGAAGAAAUGGAAAACGAUAUGAAAUUCACGCAAAUAUUACUGAAACAUAUCCGUCCACGCCUCCAGUAUGGUUUGCUGAUACGGAGGAAACAAGUGUUACAAACGCAGUUCAGAUUCUCAGCAAUACAUCGGGCCGUGACAACCAUGUGAUGAACCAAGUGGCAAUCCUGGUGCGAGAGCUGUGUCGCCUACAUGGAGUGUCAGAACCAGGUGAGUUGGAGAGACUGACGCUAGGAAUGUGGAUGCCUCCGCCACCAGUCCAGGGCGAUCCUCAUGAGACAGAGGAGGACGAUGACGAUGAUGACAACGACGACGAUGAGGACCUGCACCUGGAGAUGGACGAGAGCGAGAUACUUGCUAAGAAUAAGGCUGAAGAGAUGGACGCUGAACACAGUAAUAUGUUAGAGCGACUGAGGCAGAAUCAGCGACAGGACUAUCUGAGAGGUCAGGUCUCCGGCAGUGUACAGGCCACUGAUAGACUCAUGAAGGAGCUCAGGGACAUUUACCGUUCUGAAACGUUUAAAAAAGGCAUGUACAGCAUAGAGCUGGUGUCUGAUAGUCUGUAUGAGUGGAACAUCCGCCUCAUGUCUGUAGACCCUGACUCACCCCUACACAAUGACCUUGUUCUACUGAAGGAGAAGGAAGGCAAGGACUCCAUACUGCUCAACAUGCUAUUUAAGGAGACUUACCCCUUCGAGCCUCCGUUUGUCCGUGUCGUUCAUCCUGUGAUUUCCGGUGGUUAUGUCCUGAUGGGAGGAGCCAUCUGUAUGGAGCUACUGACCAAGCAAGGCUGGAGCUCGGCCUACACUGUGGAGGCAGUCAUCAUGCAGAUAGCUGCUACACUGGUCAAGGGCAAAGCUCGGAUACAGUUUGGUGCUGCUAAAGUCGUAACGCAGGGUCAGUACAGUUUAGCAAAGGCACAACAGUCCUUCAAGUCUCUAGUACAAAUUCAUGAAAAGAAUGGCUGGUUCACUCCACCGAAGGAAGACGGCUAAAGGAGGUUCAGUGUAAAGUGGCUGUGAUCGCAAAGACUUGUAUAAAUUGCACAUUGGAGACUGUUACAUACGAGAGCCUAAGCAGAGGCCUGUAAAUAGUCUGCAGCUGGUUGGUGUACUUGAUUCGUCUUAUAGUGUUUAAAUCCUUUGCAACCUCUGGCUUUUGUUUUCUUAAGUUAAAUUAUGUAGGUGUUAAGAAUUAUUGUGCUGUUAUUUGUUUGAGAGGAUUGUUUUGGAAAAGAGUUUUGAAGACUUGUGAAUUAUUUGGGGAUAUCUAAGUAAAGGGCUUUAACCCCCAAAAUUGCAAAGAAUAUUUUAAUGAAGUUUUUUGCUAAAGAUGGAUUAAGGGUCAGGGUUUUCAAAUAUUUUAAAGUACACAUAUAAAUUCAUAGAAUUUACAGAGCUGCUAGGUACUCCUUAUUCAGUAGUAGGGCCUUUGUUCUUGUAGGAUCAGGAACAAAGGCUUUUUUACUUUAAUUCUACAAGAAAAAAUACUCUACUAAUGAAGAAAGAGCGAGUAGCUUCUAAAAUUAGAAGUGUUAUAUAUAGUUAGUCUUUUUUCAAAAGCCUACAACAAAGCUCAAAGAAUAAUUUAAGCCUGUCUUGAUCUGGUGAUCAGUUGUUGACGACUUUGGUCUUAAGCUACAUCUCACAUCAGAUGGCAUAGAUUAUACAGGGUGUCUCUGAACUCUCUGCCGUCCUUUUGAAGGUAUCAUUCCUGGACCUAAUACAAACUGAACCCCCCCCCCCUGCAGCAAACCUGCAGACUAAGCGAAUUUGGAAAUAUGGUAUCUGCAGAAACAGCUGAUGUUAAAUCAAUUGGCCAACCAAAUAAAAAAGUGAAAAAUAAAAAAGAAGCCUCUUCUACUCUUUUUUUUAAUUUCUCAGAAAUUAGGGGGAUCCCAACCCCUUUAAAUAACCAGGUUGCUUUGAUGAAAAAGUGUAAAAAUAUCCCACCGCCUUUUUUUUUAUGAAGAUAGGGCAGUGAAUAACUCAAGUGAUAUAGACUAACAACUAGUUUUUUUGUCACAUUUUCGUAUCCUACCACCUUAGCUUACUCAAAUACACCAACUUGUGCAGAUACUGUAAUUAGUUACUCGAUGUAAAUAAUAGUUGUAAUAUUUACGAUCCUUGAAUUCACUAUUCAACUCAUGUUAAACAUGUUAUUAAUUUGUUUUCCAAUAUUAUCAUUUUGUAGAAUAUGAAUGUUAGAUUUUGUUGAUCUGUUAAUUAUUUUAAUUUGCUUUUGGUUUCAGAGCUCCACAUUAGUGUACGUUAUUCCAGUUUUAAAGUGUUUAAUUCAUUUCAAGUUCCAUUCCUGUAAGACUCGUAAUGCACUAAUGCAGUGAGACGAUGAGUUAGACAAUUAGUAUCAUACUACAAAUUUUUAACCGUUCAUUCGUUUAAGAAAUGUAGAUAUAAUUUGUAUCGCUCUAGAAAUAAUUAUAAGUGUAAUAUAUCUUAAGGUUUUAAAAUAUUUUAGUUGAACUCAGUCAUACUUUGGUACACUUGUUACUAACUAGGAAUUCAAAAUUCUAAACAACGUUUAUUGUUUUUUUAUUAGUCGACAUACUAAUUGUGUAUUAAAUUUUAUUAUGAUGCGAUUGAACAUUUAUUUCUUAGCCCUGUUUAAUAUACAGUACAAAACAAUAAAAAUUUCCUUUGGUGACUCGGAAAUAUAAGUGGUCUCAUUGAGUUAAUCCAGUGCUGCCAACCAUUCAGCCUCUUGUAAUAUUGUGACGCUGCAAAGUUCUACUAUUUUUUUAAAUAAAGUUACAUUUACUUCCAUACUGUUUUGUCCUUAGUGGUGCUUGGCAUAUUUAUAUCUCAACGGAUAUUCCUGAUAAAUAUGAGUCUCUACAUUAAUUUUUUUAUUUCAAAAUUUCUUAUUGCCUUGUUGACUUGCUCAGGUUUUUUCUCAUCUGAUUAUGAUUUUUAAUGUUCAUUGUGAUAAACAUUUAAAAAUUAACGCACAAUUUAACUUGUUAGGACAAACCAGCACUUUUAUACACAAUAAUUUUAAUAAACAAUAUCAGCAAAUUUAACAUGAGAAUAUUUUUCUUAUGAAAAGAGUAAGAUUCAUUAAUAGGGUUUUAAUAUAAUCCUACUAAUAUUAUAAUAAUAAAUUGUGAAUGUAUGGAUGUUUGUGUCUAACUCUAAAGUUCCAUCACGUGAAAACUACUGAACCGAUUGAGCCAACAUUUUGCAGAGAGGUACUUGAUAGUCUCGAGAAACACAUAGCCAUAUUAAAGUUGUGAAAACCCUAUAGGGCUAUGCCCCACAGGGGUUUAAAGUUUCCAUGUGUAUUCUUAUGAGUCAUAUUUAAAAGGAAUUAACAAAUUUUGGUAGCUGGUUCUAUGAUAUUUAAGGUUUACCAACAGGGUGAAGCACUUUUUUUUCAUUUUUGACAACACCUAAUUUAAAAUAAGCAGCAACAAAAAGGUGCACGCAAUGAGAAAUGUCGUACAGUUAUGUUUAUGUUUUUAAUUUAAUAAAAAAUUUCUAUUUGUGAUAUGUAUAGUGUGAAUGUUUGAUAAUUUUGUUUUCUAUUUAGGUGCAGUGGUAGAAGUUAAUGGCUAUGGUAAUGUGUUUAUCUAUAGCAUACUGUAAAUUUAAAGAACCAAAUUUUCUCAAACUGUGUCCUCCCCCAUUGUAAACGAAAACGCAGAGCACGAGUAGGGCCUAUAACUUCAAUAAGCAUUUUAUACUUAUACGCCGACCCCGUACGAAGUAUGGGUAUUCUGCUGGUACAAUAUAAUUCCCAAUUGUUUUAAAUAGCCUAAAAAUAACCAUUUGUUCAAUUUAAAUUGCAUGCUUUACAGUUUUUGGUAUUCUGGAAAGCCACAUGAUUGUGAGUCACCUUUAAAUGUCAAUCCUUAGAAGUAAUCAAGAAUGAUUACCUAAAGCAUAAACAGGAAUAUUAUUUUGUAUUAUAUGUUAGGCAUUUAAAACAUUUAUUGUUAGGAAUCUGUAUGAUCAAUUGAAAAUUUCUGAAUCCUCUAACAGAUCUUUUGUCAGCCCAAAUGCAAUUAUGAUGUACUUAUUGUAAAUCCUAACAAUAUUUUUAUAAUUAAAAACCUAAAUUUAUUAUUAAUUGUAACCUUAGCUGGAGGUGAUAUCAUUAUUGAAACGCCAAACAUAUUUAUUAUUAUUGAGUAUUCUACUUUGUAAUACACCUGACUGAGCCUAUGAAGCCUAAUUCCAAUUAAUUAUUUAAUUAGAAAGUCUGAUGUUAGUUUCUAACUAUAUAAACUGAAUUAGUGUUUUUCUUGUAAAUACUUAAACUAACUCUAUAACAAUAAAAUAUUGUUUGUAAAUA